AUAGAUAUCUCAUAUCCUCUAAUAUAACAGUCCCAGCUCUAACAGUAGCAGAUGCAUAGAUAUUACAAUGAACCAUCCACCAUCUAAGCCGGCGCGGCGCCCAACCAAUGCCUCUCCAUCGCCGGUAACUUUUCCUAGCGACCUUAUCGUCGAAGUACUCUCCUUACUUGAUGUGAAAUCUGUUAUGCGAAUGAGAUGCGUAAGUAAGUUUUGUAACUCCCUCUAUACUGAUCAUAUCUUUGUGAAGUUGCAUUUUAACCGAUCUCUACAAGAACCUCACCUAGCACUUGUCACUACCGAUUAUGACACUUUCAGAAUCGUACCUUACUCCGUAAGCAAUUUACUCGAGAAUCCUCCGAUCACCCUCGCCGAUGACCCUUGCUACGUUAUCGACAACUAUUUCUACCCGUUGGAUCUCGUCCACCAGGUGAUCGGUUCUUGCAAUGGAUUGAUAUGUCUCCUUAGUUAUUCUGAUAUCGAUUCAUUCUUUUGGUUAAGUUUCUGGAACCCAUCCACAAGAGCAAUGUCUAAACAACUAGGGUUUAAUUUUGGCCUUCUUAAUGACCCUACAUCUUUCAAGUUCUCGUUUGGUUAUGAUAAUUCAACCAACAGUUAUAAGGUAGUGAUGUUAAAAUUUCAUAGCGACAAAUUAAUGAUAGUUGAGGCAAAAGUUUUUAGUGUGGCUGAUAAUGUUUGGAGAGAGAUUCAAAAUUUCCCCGCAGUUCCUUUUCAGAUGAUCGAAUUUCGCCAUCAGGUAAACAAUGGAGUGUACUUGAAUGGAACUCUUAACUGGUUGGCUAUUUUUGAUUUCAAGGUUACUUAUGUCGAAGUGGUUAUUUCGCUUGAUCUCGGAACGGAGACAUACAAGCAGAUACAUCUGCCUCCUAGUUUCGAUGAGAAGCCUUAUGUUGACCCAACUAUCAGUGUACUAAUGAACUACCUUUGUUUUUCUUAUCAUUUUCAAGAUACUCAUUUUGUGAUAUGGAAAAUGGUGGAAUUUGGAGUUGAAGAAUCUUGGACUCAAUUCCUUAAAAUUAGCUAUGAAAGACUUCAUAUCCAUCCUUACUCUAUGGGCCCAUUAGUGCCAUUUUAUCUUUCGAAAAAUGGUGAAACAUUGAUAUUGGCAAACAUCUUACAAGACCAAAUGAUUCUCUAUAAUCUAAGAGAUAAUAGGGCUGUGAGAACUAGAAUUACAAAUAAAAUAUCUUGGUUCUCUGUUAAGAGUUAUGUUAAAAGUAUGGCUUCAAUUUGUUGAAGGUCCAAAUUACUUCUUGAAGCAGAUCAACGUUGUUCAUGGUACAUGACGAGGAUUAUAGCAGGAAAAUGGAUUUUUGGAGCUACAUUUUGUAAUAUUACUAGAUGUACUUUUGCACUUGAGUUUCCUUUCGGAUUUUUAAAUUCCUAUUGCUUUCUGCAUGUUUUCUUAUAUUUAGUAUGCUAUUUACUAAGAUGG